AAGGUGUUCAUACCUCGUCAAUCCGUAUUAACAAAACUAUUGGAAGUAUCCCAUUUCCAAACUAUCUAUAACAUUUUUGUAGCCUUACUUAUUGUAAUUAUAUUAAACACCGUUUGCUUGGACUUGCUGGAAAAAGGAAGGAUCGAUAUUGAAUUUGAAAUUUUAACUGGAUCGUUCAAUAAGUUGUCUACCACAAUUAGCAUCUGGCUGGCCAUGCUAUCAACUACGUUAUUGGUUUAUCCUGUUUUUCAUCACUGGGCGAAGCAUACAAAUAGUUUCUCGUUUGAUAUUGUUUGGCUUCUAUUAUAUGUCGCAUAUCUGAUUGCCUUCUUAGUUAUACCUGCAAUGUACGUUACAAAGCAUAAAUUGGCAUUAGCUUCGUCCAUGAUUGUCGUUACUGAACAGACUAGGUUAAUGAUGAAGGUUCAUUCAUUUGUCCGUGAAAAUGCUCGAAGUAUCCUUAAUUAUUUAAAGCACGUGGAGACCACCUCGCAACCUUUUCCAGGAUUUUCAUCAUAUUUAUAUUUUUUGUUUUGCCCUAGCUUGAUAUAUCGAAAUGAAUACCCUCGGACCGCAAAUAUUUGCUGGAGUUAUGUUGUGACUAAUUUUCUGCAGGUUAUUGGAUGUACGAUGUAUAUUUAUUACCUAUACGUAAGAUUUUGCUUGCCCGUAUUUCGAACGGCUGGUAGAGAAUUAGCUAACGUGAAGACAUACCUUAAAACUAUCUUCAGUUGCGUAUUGCCAGCGACGCUAAUGUUCCUGCUCGCAUUUUUUGCCAUUUUACAUUCUUGGUUAAACGCAUUUGCAGAGAUGCUACGAUUUGCCGACAGGAUGUUUUAUGAGGACUGGUGGAAUUGUAAGUCCUUCGGUAAUUAUUAUCGAACAUGGAAUGUUGUUGUCCAUGAUUGGUUAUAUGCGUAUAUCUAUAAAGAUGUGUUGAUGUACGGAGACAGAAGGAAUCGAAGUACUUUGGCGAUGUUGAUGGUAUUUUUCGUUUCCGCUCUCUUCCAUGAAUACAUUAUAUCCGUUUGUUUAGGAUUUUUUUAUCCAAUACUUUUUGUGAUAUUUGGCGGAUUUGGAGUCCUUUUCAUACCAUUGACACAAAGGAAGAGUACUAGAGGCUGGAACAUUUUUAUUUGGUUAAUGCUUUUUUUUGGCUGUGGACUGUUGCUAUGCUUGUACUGUCUAGAAUGGUAUGCAAGAUCUCUGUGCCCGCCUAAUCCGGUUCGUCAUUGA